AUGAUUGAUUUCUCUAAUGCAUCUACUCUGACACUUCAAGGCUUCAGUCUGCCUCCUGAGAGCAUUCUUCCUGCAUUUGUUUUUGCAACACUGGGAUACUUGUCCAUUCUCAUCUGCAACCUCAUCCUACUGAUCACCAUCAUUUUCAAUAAGAGUCUUCACCAGCCCAUGUAUAUUCUGCUGUUAAACUUGCCUAUAAAUGAUCUUAUAGGCUCCACAGCCCUGUUCCCACAAAUUAUUAAGGAACUCUUAUGGGAUACCAGGACAAUACAGUUUGCAACCUGUGUCACCCAAGCUUUCUUUAUACAUAUCUAUGCAACAGGUGCAGUGUUCAUUUUGACUGCUAUGGCAUAUGACAGAUAUGUGGCCAUAUGCUGCCCUAUGAGAUACAACACAAUCAUGAGUAAUACACACAUAGUGAGGCUAAUCUCCUUGGUCUGGUCCUCUAAUAUAUUUAUAAUAGCUGUGCUUUUUAUUCUUCUAUUGCGCUUACCACGAUGUCGAUCUUUUGUGACUCACACAUACUGUGACAAUCCCUCUUUGCUCCAGCUGGUCUGUGUAAACACAGCUAUAAAUAAUAUAUAUGGAUUGAUGACUGUAGCUGUCUGCCAGGUGAUAACGGUAGGGCUAAUUGCUUUUACAUACAUUCAAAUAAUUAUCGCCUGUUUUAGAAACAAAGGAUCUGAUACACGUAGCAAAGCACUACAGACAUGUGCCACACACUUAAUAGUCUUUCUUCUAUUUGAAUGUUUGGGCCUUUUCACAGUAAUUUCCUACAGGUUAACAGGUACUUCCCACCAUUUAAGAAAAUUCAGUGGAGUGGCUGCUAUGAUUUUGCCUCCAACAUUGAAUCCUAUUAUAUAUGGCCUAAGAACAAAGGAAAUCAGGAUCAGAGCUUUAAAAUUUUUCCACAAAAGGGUUUAUACUUCAUAA